AUGACCUGUGGGACCUAUGGGCAGCAGCAACUGCCUUCCAUCCCGACGGCCACCGCGGUACACGAGGUCAACUACAGGGGAGUGAUCACGGCUGAAAGGCGGCAUCCAGACAAAAGAGGAUCUUCAAACACUCCCAAUGAAGCAAAUCCAGCAGUAUAUGCCGCAAUAUCUGUGAAGUUGGAAGAGCCCUCUCCGAUUCCCUAUUUACCACCACGCGAAGUCGAAUCACCAGGACAUUCCUCCCUUCUGGUGACCGUAGCCAAAGGGCCGACGUUGAGCAAUGCAUCAUCUCAACGGGAAAGUGGCACUCUCCCAUCCAAUUCUCACUCCGAUAUUACGCCCGAAUCUCAAUCAAACAGCCGAUUCGACCGGAACGAAGCGUGGGAUAUUCCCGAAGACAGGAAAUUCGGCAUGCACCGCUCGCUAUUUUCUCCCCAAGUACUGAGUCCCAUCGAAAGACAGCGCGGAAGACCCUCCACAACGCGAGUUGAAAAGAUGAAGCUCGAGAACUACAAAGCCUUGGCGAUCCCAGCCACUCGGAACCUUUCUCUUCGAAAGAACAUCAGGGAUGGUUUUGCCAAGGACGAGACCUUUCUCUCUGGCAGCCAGCACAGCGUCAAGCGACGAAGAAGAUCACCUCCUCCACCAGGGAUUGGCCCUCUUUCCGUCUCGUUUGGCCCAAAACCCGCCAUUACCCGCAAAAUCAAAAAGAGAACGGGAGUUCGCGAAAGCUUCAUUAUAGACCCUGAUCUGGACCCGGACAGCAAGAAACAGGAACAACCAGAAGGAUUCAAUGUGCCACACAACGCUCCAAUAGCUUCAGAUUGUGCAGGACAAUCAUACCACCACAUCCUCCCUUCCAUUGAAAAGAGCACGACGGAUAACGACGUUCGGGAGCCUCUUGUCCUGCCCUCUUUGCGAACCCACGACAGCUUUUAG